AUGGCGCCAGGCACUGCGGCCGACGGCGGCUUGGCGGCACUCCCGGACCCCAGCGAACCCCCCCAUUCCUAUUAUUCAAGCAGCUUCUCCUCUUCACCUCGACAGUUUCCUUCCGACUUCACUGACCCCAUCCUCGAGGAAGGCGACGUGGAAUCCGGCAGCGACUGUGCACUCGAGCCCGUCACCCCCGUCAGCGGCGGUCGCUAUUCUCAAGACUUCACCGCGCUGCACCACGACGACCACGCCCACCCCCUGCACCGCGCGCAGACCGUUCAGCCCACCAUCGCCGGCGCGCCGAAGCGCGUCCCUGUCCUUGCGACGCAGACGUCAGCGCCCCCUCUGACUCCAAGGCGGCCUGCUGUGACGUCUCGACCCUCUGAUCCGGCGCCACCGUCACAGACGCCCGUCACCGGGCGUGCGACCACCCGCGGUUCUACAAGCAGGAUAAGGCGCACAGUCUCCAAUUUGUUUCGCCGCACCAAUAGUUCGCGCGACCAAGAGCGCGAUUUUGCCAUCGCCGACACCCCGUCAUUCACCGCGACCGAUACCUCGCAGUCGAGUGGCGACAACUUUGCGAGGAGCGGACCGCCGCCCACCAGCAACGGCCGUUUUGCGGCUAAGAACUCUUCCAACACCACUUGCUCCAAUUCCCCGCCCUCCCCCGGCUCGCCUCUCAUGAUGGCCCCGACGCACCGAUCGGCGGUCAUCCCGGGGAGCCCGCUGCCCGACGCCGAGGACUUCAAGAAGAAGGGUCGGGCCGCCACGGGAUUCUCGUUCCGCGGCCGGGCAGUCAACUUUGUCGGCGCCACCAUGGGCAGGGGACGGCCGUCCAAGGGGACGCGCCGGGCCGCAAGCUUCGACUCGGACAAUCGCGGUCAUCCGUCAGCCCAGCAGGACACAAGCGAUUCAGAUGACAAGACUUACCCACCGGAGCGACUGCCCUGGCCGCUUCCCCCGGACGCCGGCACCGGCGCCAAGGCUCGUCGGAUGAGUCUCAGUCUCCCCGACGAUUUCACUGUCGACGUCGCUGAGUUGCAAUCUGAAUUUGAGUACCACCACAAGAUUCUUGGCCGGCAUAGGAAGCAUCUCGGCAAGGGGGCCGCGUCAAAGGUCACUCUCAUGGUGCGCAAGGGUUAUCCUGGCGAGCUCUACGCGGUCAAGGAAUUCAGGGGCAAAUCCCACCGCGAGACUCAAGAGGAGUACGAGAAGAAGAUCAAGUCGGAAUUCAGCAUCGGCAAGAGCCUCCACCAUCCCAACAUUGUGGAGACGAUCCGUCUUUGCACCGACCACAACCGGUGGAACCAUGUCAUGGAAUAUUGCUCCGAGGGUGACAUGUUCGGCCUCGUCCAGAAAGGCUGGUUCAAGGGCGACGACAAGAAGAAGGACCGGCUUUGCCUGUUCAAGCAACUCAUCCAGGGCGUCGCCUAUCUUCACGCCAACGGCAUUGCCCACCGGGACAUCAAGCUCGAGAACCUCCUCUUGACGAAGGACAGCAAGCUCAAGAUCACGGACUUUGGCGUUUCCGAAGUCUUCUCGGGGACGCACCCCGGUGUCCGUGAGUCUGGCGGGCAGUGCGGCCGAAACAUGAGCGAGGUGCGGCUGUGCUCGCCGGGUAUCUGUGGCAGCGAACCGUACAUCGCACCCGAGGUCUUGGAGAAGAAGAAUAAGUACGACCCCCGCGCGCUGGAUGUCUGGAGCUCGGCCAUUGUCAUGAUCUAUCUGACCUUCGGCGGUGCCAUCUGGUCUCGCGCGGAGCGUGGCAACGCACAUUACGACAAGCUGGUUCGGGGCUGGGAGAGAUGGUACGAGAAGCACCCAGAGAGCGGCGCGUGCAUCACGGAAACAGACUACCCCCUCUGUCUGGCCCUGGACGUCGGCGUUAACCCCCCGGCUCUCCGUCGACUGAUGCUGCAAAUGCUUAACCCCGACCCCGCCAAGCGCAUCGCUAUCGAGGACGUCCUCAACAACCGGUGGAUGAAGAAUGUCGAGUGCUGCCAAAUCGAGUCGUAUGACGACCCAGCGCAGACGAUCGACGCCACCAAGAAGGACUGCUGCAACAAGAAUGGGACGAGGAAGAUUUUCUGCCACAGUCACCUGCCGCCGAAGACGGCCAAUUCCCACUCCUUGGGCAAGAUGCCAGGGCAGACUGGCUACUAG